ACAACAUUGAGAAAAUUUUCCAAGAUGGUUGUAGAGAUCGAGAAUUUCUUUGGCUGUUAUUUGCUGCUAAAUUUAAAUCCAGAAUUCAAGGGUAGGACCUACAUCGGGUUCACGGUCGACCCAAGAAGGAGAAUUACUCAGCAUAACAAAGGAAGCAAAUAUGGUGGUGCUAAACGGACGAGCGGAAGAGGACCUUGGGAAAUGGUUCUUAUUGUGUACGGUUUUCCUAAUAAGCCUUCCGCAUUAAUGUUUGAGUGGGCUUGGCAACACCCGAGACUCUGCAAACGCCUGAAGCACGUGCCGGCCAAGCGGAAGACAGAGAAGAGAUUCCUCUUUGACCUGCGGGUCCUGUCCAACAUGCUGAAGGUCGGGCCCUGGUGCCGGCUGCCACUGACCGUCCAGUGGCUGAAGCAAGAGCAUAUGAGGGAGUUUGAGGAUGGGCUGCAGCCGCCGGUCCACAUGCCCAUCGCCUUCGGUCCGGUCACGUCCAUUAAGAUGCACUCAAAGCAGAAAAAGAAACUCGGCACCAAGUCCACCCAGGAUGAGGGAGGUAGCUCAGAGGGGACACAGGAGGAGGAAGAAAUGGUUGAGAUGACUCAGGCGGCCAAGAAACGAUGUGCCGUCUGCUUGAAGAGAUUGCAGGCCGAAUCGACCUUGUCCUGCGUCCAUCCCACGUGUUCCAUGGAGGCGCACAUCCUGUGCUUGGCUGGCAAAUUUCUCAGGCACGCCGGCGGAGACUACUUGCUGCCGGUUGACGGGAACUGUCCCGUCUGCAAACAGAACGUGCUGUGGGGAGAUCUGAUUCGGAAGAUGCGAGGUUGUUACUCCAACCUCUCCACGUCGGAGGAUGGACACGGAAGAUCACUGGGCAGAGGAAUUGCGACUCUGAGCACUUUAAUGUGCGACGUCUCACCCCAAAACAUCGUCAUGUUCUUCGGAGGACAUCAGAUGAUGGUGGUGACAUCAAGGACUGCUAUCAUUACCUUGAUUUUCAAUCUCAGGUUUUUCUGUCUUGUAUGAAGAAACUAUAUUGGUCAGCACACGAACAUGCUAUAAAUGAAUUUUUUUACCUAACUGAAGCAUUGCCUGACUAAAAAAAUAUUGCCGUGGUUGUGUGUAAAAUCUAGGCACAGUCUGUAGGAUAGUGUGCUGAAUAUUAGGAGCUGGUUUCUGGAAAUAAGGGAACCAGUGAGAGGUGAUUAUUUUGUAUUGUAAAAAUUUAACAAUCUAUUGAGGCAAACAAGUGCUAACAAGUGUAAUAGUUUUUUAACUUUACCUGGACAUUGUGUCAUUGUUACCAUAUCAACACCUGAAAGAAAUUAAUUUUAUUGAUGUGUCUUCACUUUUCUGGUGUUAGCAGGUUGCAUCUUUCUAUGAAAUGUGACGGCUGAAUGUUUUAUAAAUUAAGUG